GUUCUGUGCCUACAUAAAUACUUUUCCCACACUUCACUCCGGUACUGUUUGAACUGAAUUACAAUUCAAUUAGUAAACCUCAAUUUUCUAAACGUAAUAAUUCUUCUGAUCCUUUGCUUUACACUAUGAAUACCGAAAGAAAAACUGCAAGUAUCCUCGGAGGCAAGACUGCCAAGGCUUGCGAUAGCUGUUUACGACAAAGGGCUCGAUGGUUUUGUGCGGCAGACGAUGCUUAUCUAUGCCAAGGGUGCGAUGCAUCGGUUCAUUCGGCUAACCGAUUGGCGAUUCGACACGAAAGGGUUCGACUUGAAUCCUCAUCCUGUAAGGGGAAAGGAAACGAUGACUCGGGACCGGCUUGGUACCGGGGAUUCACUCGUAAGGCUAGAACUCCGCGACAGGCCAAGUCGAGUCCAGCGCAACCUUCUCUUUUAGUACCGGAGAUUAACAGUGAAGACACUUCUCUAGUGGAAAAUGAGGACCAACUUCUUUAUAGGGUUCCUGUUUUUGACCCUUUUGAUGCUGAAGUUUUUACAGCAUCAAAUCGAACUGAGGAUGAAUUAGUCGAUGUUUUGUUGGAUGAUGAAAAAGGAUUCGAUUUGGAUAUUAAUCCAGAGUUUAUUACAUCUGAUGCUGAGCUUGCAGAGUUUGCUGCUGAUGUAGAGAGUUUACUGGGAACAGGAAUUGAGGAGGAUUCUCAUGAGAUUGAAUUAGGGUUGGCAAGAAUGGAUUGUAAACAAGAAGAUAUAAUUGAUGUUCGUUUCGAAGAAAAACGGGUAAAGUUUGAGGACGAUGACGAUGAAAUGAAAGCCGUUAUUGCUUGUCAUUUGGAUCCGGCAUUGGAUAUGGCUAGGAGAACAUUCAACUGGAAUUCUGAUUAUGCAUCUCCAUUAUUACAUGGAGAAGCAGAUGAGGAUAAAAAGGUUAUCGGAACCGUGACGAAGAUGAUUGAUUGUCAAAGUGAAGAAGAAGUUAGUAGGAAAAUGUUUUUGAGGCUCGACCAUGAAGCAGUUAUCGCUGCUUGGGCUAGCCAAGGUUCUCCAUGGACGAAUGGUAUUCGACCCGAGUUCUUCAACCUCAAUGACUUCUUGGAUACCUUCCCAUGGGGAGGCAGCCUUAUUCCGUACGAAGGACUUAGGGGACGGUUGGGUGACAGUGAUGCUGGAAGAAGAGCAAUAGUAUCGAGGUACCGGGAAAAGAGACGAAAAAGAUUGUUCUCAAAGAAGAUUCGAUAUGAAGUUAGGAAAUUGAAUGCAGAUAAGAGACCUCGAAUGAAAGGUCGAUUUGUAAAACGAACAAUUUUCCUACCUAAUGCGUGAUGAAUAAAGGAUGAAUAACACAUUACACAGCCAAGUUCCUAGCUUAGGAAUUUGGAUUUGUUCAUGUAUGGUGAAUGAUGUAAUAAUUUAUUGAAGGAAACUGUAUAUUAUAUUUAAGAUGACUUUCAUCAGCA